AUGUCUCAAUUGUUAUUAGAUAAAUUUAUUCUCUUCGGAGACUCUAUCACUCAGUUUAGCAGUGAUGUAUCAGAAGGGUUUGCCCUUCAACCUCAAUUGCAACAUUUAUAUGUUAGAAAGCUAGAUGUCAUUAAUAGAGGUUAUAGUGGUUAUAAUAGUGAACAAGCACGUUUAAUCCUUCCAAAGAUCUUGAAUGCUGAAUUGAAUAAAGAGAAAUCCAAUGUCAAAUUAAUCACCAUUUUUUUUGGUACUAAUGAUUCAGUCCAAUUUGAUGAUGAAUUUAAUGAUAUUCAAGCGGUCCCUAUUGAUAGAUAUAAAGAUAAUUUAGACUUUUUAAUCAACUUAAGUUUGGAAGCAAAUAUCAAACCAAUUAUUAUUGGUACUGGUUUACAUGAUAGCAAAUUGGCUAAAGAAUUCUUUGAACUGGGAGGACGUAUAAUGUCAAAGGAUCCACUUUCAAAUUCAAGAAAUCAUGAAUAUUCUAAAGCUGCCGAAGAAAUAGCUAACAAGAAUAAAGUUGCUUUUGUUAACUUAUUUGAAGAUUUUGCUAAAUACGGAAAUCUUUCCAUAGAAAAGUUAUAUAAUUCAUACAGUUAUACUCCAGAUAAAGAAUAUACUAGUGCAAAAGAAUUUGUUAAGGAUGGUCUUCAUUUCACUCCAAUCGGUUAUAAAGUUCUUUAUGAAUCUGUCGUAAAAGCUAUAAAUAACACAUAUCCAGAAUUAAAUGCUGAUGCAUUGCCAUUAAGUUUAUCUGAUUGGAAAGAUCUUGAUCCCAAGAAUUUAGAAUCUACCAUUUUCAGACCUGGAGAUUUAAAGAACUAA